AAAGCAUUAUCAUCAGUUUACGAGCUCAGCUCCCCAAUCCCACUUCGUUCAUCGUCAAGUGCCAGUUUAACCCAAGUGGAACCGACAACAACAUGAAGGUUUUCAUCUGCCUGAUUGCCUGCUUCAGCCUGGCCCAGUCCGGAUUCAUUGGAGGUGGUGGCAGCAGUGGCUGGUCUUCUGGAGGUGGCAGCAGUGGCUGGUCUUCGGGAGGUGGCUGGUCCUCUGGAGGUGGUGCUGCUCCUACUAUCGUCAAGGUUAUCAGCGAGGAGGCUGGUCAUGGCGGUGGCGGAUGGGCCGGUGGCUACUCCGGCGGUCAUGGCCAUGCUGCCGAAGAGCUGAAGAUCAUCAAGGUGAUCAGUGAAGGCGGUCACUCCCAUGGCGGUUACUCUCACGGGCAUGAUCAUGGACACAGCCAUGGUUCUGAGGUUAAGAUCAUCAAAGUCAUUCAGGAAGAGGCUGCUCAUGAUCAUGGUCAUGGAUAUGACUACUCCAGCGGUGGCCAUGGACACCACACCGAGGAUGUGAAGAUCAUCAAGCUGAUUAGCUCGGGCAUCGCUGAGGGCGGCAGCUCUGGUGGUUGGUCUUCGGGCGGAUCUGGCGGUGGUUGGUCGUCGGGCGGUGGCUGGUCUUCCAAUGGAUGGAACUAAGUGAUCCAGCUUCAGAUCCCAAGGCGAAACCAGGUGAAUCCAAUGCGUUGAUGUCAACUCUUUUUGUUCCUGUUGUCGGAGUUGAGCGGCGAUAUUGGCCCUUCUGAUGCUACGAAGUUUUAGUUUUAGUUUAAGUUAGUGCACGCUUUUUGUGUGUGCGCUUAUAAGUUAUUAACUCGUU